AACUUGUUUAAACAUGCAUUCUAGUAACAUAUAAUUUGAAGCUGAGGGCAGUUGUUGGUAAAAGUACGUAAGAGAAUGCUGUGAAAUAUUGUAUCUUACAGUUAGAUUUGCAAGCGUUAUAUUCCAUAGCGUGUCACAGUAAUAAUGAUUGCAACAAAGCCUUGCAGUGACGAGUUUCCCAAGGUUAAAGACCAACAAAUUGUAACAGAUGGAGUCAAUUUUAUGACAGUUGGUAGCUACUUACCGCCCAUCUAUUUGGAACGAAUACAUAAUAUGGAAUUGAAAGAAACAGACAUCUUAUUAGCCACAUUUCCUAGAUCAGGAACAACAAUAACACAGAGAUUGUUGUUGGUAAUGAUGUAUGGAGGUGAUCAAGUGCUUAACAAUGGUAAGGAAAAAAUGGACGAGAUAUCUCCUUUUAUAGAAAUAAGGAAAUAUAAAUCAGACUUCGUUGGCUACGAUAUUGCAAUGUCUUUACAGGAAGCUCCUCAACGUAUUUUAAAAACACAUUUGCCAGUUUGGCUAGCACCAAAAUCGAGAAAGGCAAAAAAGGUUGUUGUAGCACGAGACGUGAAAGAUGCAUUGGUAUCUUUUUAUUACUUAUAUAAGAAUGAUUCCUCAAACCCAAAAGAGAUAUACAACACACUUGAAUUUGAAACAUUUUACAAAAUGUUUGUAUCGGGUUCUACCCUUUAUGGAGAUUGGUAUCAAUGGUAUAGAGGUUGGUUAGAUGCUUUUGAUGGAAAUACUCUUCUGUUACAUUAUGAAGAUUUCAUUAGAAAUUUUGAGGAGACAGUUACAAAGCUUGCGAAAUUUGUUGAUGUAGAAAUGACAUCUGAAUUGAUGUCUACAUUAAAAGAAGCAGCUAAUUUUCAAAGCAUGAAAAAGGUUUUGGAUAUUCCAUCAAUUAAAGAUUUUGUUCGUAAAGGUGUAAUUGGUGACCAUCAGAAUUAUUUGGAUGAAGAAAAAAUCAAAUUCUUAGAUGAUAAAUGCCGAGAAAUUGUUCCUGAACUUUUGAAAUGAUUUUUUUUUUCAUUAAUAGUCAGAAUUUAUACCGAUUUUUUGUUACUGUAAGAAUGCGUUUUUAACAGGUUGUAAAUUGUUUCAACCUGAGAUUUUUAUUCAUAGUACCGUAAAUAAUCUUUUGGACAAAGAAAUUGAAAAAUAACACGCAAAUUUGUUAUUGAAAAAAACAGAAUCGAUCAAGUAUUAUUAAAUCUCUUUGCUAUUUUUUAUUUUAAAGUCAAUAUAUAUUUUGAAAAGUAAGACCUUUUCGGCUGACGCCAUCAUCAGUAUUAUACAAAAGUUAAAAUUAGCAAGUUUGCUCUGUUUUAUGUACAAAGUUGAUACAUUAUAAAACAACAUAAUAGAUGAAACAAAAGUAAUUGAGUGUGAUAAAAGAAAUAAAUAAAAUAACAUUCAGGUUACCAAGCAUAAUAAUUAUGGCUAUGUACUAUAUUUAGCUAUAUUAGCUAAAUAUAGCUCCUUUUCCUCCCUAGCUAUAUUUAAAAGCACUUUUUUCACUGUACUGAAAGUAAGCACUAGCAAAGAGCUCAAUUGAAGAAGUUAUCUUUCUUGCGUCCAAACACUGCGUAAAUCGAGUAAUAUCAAAUCUUGCUUCGCACUAGAGGUUUAAGUUAGUUCAAGCAGAUUAACAGGUUGUUUUUUAUUUCACGCAUAGCGCGUACAUUCCGCGUGUUUCCGCGUGUUUUGAAUUUAACGGCUUAAACUCACUUUAAAAAGCUAAAAACUCACACACAUGUCAAAAACAUUUUGUGUAGUGAGUUUAAUUUUCAAAGACAUCGACAAUUCUUCAAGUAACAAAAAUAAGACAAUUGUAAAUAUCACAAACAUUUAUCGGUAAUAAUGGAACUCGUUAUCGUAAAAAAAUUGUUUAAAGCUCCGAGACCCAGUAUUUGUCUGAAACUCAAUCUAACCCAGAGUCCUGGUUUUACUCUAUUUUGGUAUUAGCUAAUAUUCCGCUAGUGUGAGAUGCAUAGUCAUUGAACAAUUAAAAUCGUAUACGCAAACUCACUAAAAAGCCUAGUGCGAGCCAAACAAUUACGAGUUGACGCAAGCACGUAGUAACAAUAUUGUUUCCUGAUAAUGCACAUUUACACAAAAAAUGUCAGACAUAACGUUUUCUACGGCGCAGGUAAAUUUUUUAUUAACAGACUAUGAGACUAACUUACUUUCUUAUAAUAAUUAAUCGAGGGACGACUCAUUCUUGGCAGAAUUAAGGAUGUAAAAAAAAUUGCUUUGCUGUUGCGUUUACAUGCAUUAAUAAAUUGAAUAUUUUUUCUCAUUCGUGUUACUUGUUGGCAUGGCUUGCAGUUGUUGUUAGAUUGCCGCCAUAUUUGUUUUUGUUUGCUAGACUCUCGGUGCCGUUUAACUAGAACGGCAUUAGGACUAAAGAUGGUAGAGUUAAAAGUGUAAAAAAAGAAACACGUGUUUGUUGAUUUUAUAUAGAAGAAAAAACAUUUUCGUA